UACAUGUAACUGUGUGAGAUCUGCAAGCCAAUGUGGUGUCUUCGAACUUCAAGUAUCCGCCUUAUUGUAACCUGUUUCAUUCCUUUAUUUUGGAGACAGAAUUGACUUUGUGAUAUCUGAAGUUACUGGAUCAUUAUGGAGGUCAAUCUGAUUCAAGAAGCUGAAGAGCGAGUCUCUAGUGAGUUCGUAAACAGGCCAUUAAGAUCGGUCCGUCGUCGGUCGGAUGUGUGGACUUUUAUGGAGUACCGCACUUCGAAAGCAAAUAAUUCGAAGUACAUAGAAUGCAAACUAUGCGGUUUGCAUCUAACCGCCUCAUCCCGAAGCGGUACUUCGAAUUUGAGGAAACAUCUGUUAAAUCGACAUGCUGACCAGUACCAUCCAAAAAUUAUUCCUGAUCGUCACGUUGUUAAACGUGGUUACAGAUUCGCAGCGGGUCCUUUCUCAUCGAGGGAUGAUAAUGAUAAAGCCAAGGAUGAAGAAAGAGAAAAUAAAGAAGGCCAAGAAGGAGAUGAAGCGAAAAGUGAAGCCGAUAAGAAUAAGAUGGAACUUGAAGACGAAGGCAUGGAAGGAGGAAUCAAUGUUGAAGCAAACGGUGGGGACCGCGACUCCAUGAGUCAACUGACGAAAGCAAGGAGACUUGCUCAAAGUUCCGUGAAGAAAGCUGUAGCCAGACUUCACCAGCAGAAAAGUGGAAAUGUGCCGGGCAUUUUCAGGAAGAUCGUGUGUAGUAGCUCCCGUGCCCAAGGCAUCAGCAAUUCCAUAUUUCGAAUGCUGAUUGAAGAUUUAUUGCCAGUGAACAUCAUUGAGGGACUUGGAUUCCGGGCGCUUGUUGAUGCUUUACAAGCAGGUUACCCUUUCCCAACAACAUUCGGUCUUGAGGAACGUCUACUUGCCCGACUGGCAGAAGGCCGGACCAAGCUUGCCAAGCGGUUGUCAAGUGCCCUGAAAAUUGGCCUCAGCUGUGAUCUAUGGACAGACUACCACAACAGGAACUUCAUUACGGUCACAUCACAUAUUAUCAGCACAGACUGGAGAAAUGAAAGCUGGGUCCUUGGUACCGUCAAGGUAAAGGCGAAUGCUACAGAUGUAGAUGUUGCCCAGCAAAUUAGGGAUAUGUGCCGAGAUUGUGGUGUGACGAUCUCUGAUGUUCCUGCAAUGGUGUAUGGCACAGAUGGUGUCCAGUCAGUUGCUGACACUACAGAAAGACUGAAGGUAUUGAAAUCAAUUUGUGCCUUUUUGAACGUGGAAAGCAGACCAUGUGCAGGGGAGCUCCUGGGAAUCUCUGUGCAGAACGCUCUUGGUGUUCCAUCUCUUGCUAAACUCAUUCAAGAUGCCGGUCAGCUUAUCUCCCACCUGUCCACAGAUCGCACUUGCCAACAGGAAUUGACACGGUCACUGAAAGACCAGAAAAAAUCUCUCACUCUGACCAUAUGCGACACUUCCAGUGGAUGGCAAGUAAUAUCCGAUAUGUUUUGUCAACUAGCAGAGUUAGAGGAGGUGAUUUGCAAAGUUCUUGGUGCCGACCAUGAAGCAAACCUGAGUGAUCUUCAAUGGAAGGUACUUCAUGAGCUAAUCCAAGCUCUCCAAGGAGUGAAAGCUGCAGUAGCAGUCAUGGGAGAUGGCAGGAACAAGUCGGGUUCCUGCUGGUUACCAGUCAUGCAUGGAGUACUUCAGCACAUUGAUACCCCCAAUGCUGAGGAUAUCUCUGAUGAUGGACAAGUCUUCAGGAACAUCCUCAGUGCAGAGCUGAAAUCACGUUGCCAGCUGAAUGAAAUCCUGCCCAGCUCUUUGAUGAUGCAAGCUGCAGCCAUUGAUCCAAGAUUUCACCACCUGCGCUUCUUAUCCGAUGAGGAUCGAGUCCCGGUGGUCGAGGGGUUGAAGCAGAAACUUUCAGAAAACCACCGAGAAGGGCUGGAGAAUGGAAGCCCAGAGGUUGAGGAAGACUCUCCGUUCUUUGCGUUACUUGGAGAAGACGAGUUCAACAAGAAGAGUAUCAAGCCAGAGGACGUGAUUGACCUCUUCAGGUUGGAACGUCCAGUUUCCAGAGAGACAGAUCCUCUCAACUGGUGGCGGUUGAAUGAAAAGCGCUUUCCUGGUCUCUGCAAGCUCGCCAAGGGUAUCCUCUGUGUGCCUAUUGCUGCCACUCCUCUGUGUAAGAGUACAGAGACCAGCAGAACUCGGGAAAAUCGUAAACGCCUUGAUCACGUGCAUGUUGAUGCACAGCUCUUUCUUCACAAGAACAAUGGUCUGUUUGAGUAGAUUCCCUGUUUUUGAAAUUAUCGGAAUAAACUGCCAGUACUGGCCUCUGCGGUAAAAAGCAGUAAAACAAUUGAACAUGGAUGAAAAUAACGUAAAAUGGGAGAAUAUACUGAGCUGAGCUACGCAUGUGUUUAUUUAUUUGACUGAUAUAAAAGAUCACUUUUAAGGGGCAUAUUUUAUUUUUAUUGCCAUCCAAUCUCG